AUGACACAGCCUUCUUCUAGAAAAGUUGCUCCAGCUCCAUUAGCCGCUAAAUCUAAAGCUUCAUCUGCUCAAAAGAACCCAUUAUUGGACUCCACCCCAAAGAACUUUGGUAUUGGACAAGCUGUUCAACCAAAGAGAAACUUGUCUAGAUUCGUCAAAUGGCCAGCUUAUGUUAGAUUACAAAGACAAAAGAAAAUCUUAUCCAUGAGAUUGAAGGUCCCACCAUCUAUUGCUCAAUUCUCUCAAACUUUGGACAAAAACACUGCUGCUCAAGCUUUCAAAUUGUUCAACAAAUACAGACCAGAAACUUCUGCUGAAAAGAAAGAAAGAUUGACCAAAGAAGCUACUGCCAUUGCUGAAGGUAAAUCCGCCAAGGAUGUUUCUCCAAAACCAGUUGUUGUCAAAUACGGUUUGAACCAUGUUGUUUCCUUGAUUGAAAACAAGAAAGCUAAAUUGGUUUUGAUUGCCAACGAUGUUGACCCAAUUGAAUUGGUUAUUUUCUUGCCAGCUUUAUGUAAAAAGAUGGGUGUUCCAUACGCCAUUGUUAAAGGUAAGGCUAGAUUGGGAACUUUGGUUCACCAAAAGACUUCUGCUGUUGCCGCUUUGACUGAAGUUAACUCUGCUGAUGAAGCCGAAUUAUCUAAAUUGGUUUCUACCAUCAAUGCUAACUUCAUUGAAAAAUACGAAGACAACAGAAGACACUGGGGUGGUGGUAUCAUGGGUUCUAAAGCCAAUGACAAGAUUGCUAAAAGAGCUAAGGCUGCCGCUGCUGCUGCCACUAGUUCUGCUUAA